CGAGCGAGCACUUAUCGUCUUGCUUCAAAGACAUAGCUUGCAUCCAAUCAGAACUUUCUCAGACCGUCAAGAAUUGUGCUCAAUGAGCGUAAACAUUAAAGCUGCAAGGCCCGUACCAUGGUCAAGGCUUCGGCUUCAGACCGUCUGCAUUUUGAAAGCCCCAGCACAAUUCCCUCCAACAAUUUCUAUUCCCUUACAUCUCGAAUGCACACUACUCACACAAGGUUAUAUAUAAAAAAGGUUUCUGCCAACGCCCCUCUCGCAACAAUGUCUCAACCAAGACACGACAGUUUCGACAUGCCUACAACCAUCAUCAUGCUGCCUGACGAAGAGAACAACAGAACCGCCGGCCCACUGACAGUUGAAUUCGGACUCGCUCCUAGACUUUACCUGUCUCCCGCCCACCCAAGAAUCAGACGCUUGAGAAGACGUUACCAUCACCGUUACUGUCGCAGUCGCUUUCACUUCCAUUUCUACAAACACGAUGCCGUUCUUGACAUAGCAGGGCGUGCUAUCGAGGGCUGCCGGCACAUCGUUCAAGCAGCAUUCUUCGUUUGUGUUACCUUCCAACAAUAUCUUUGCGGAUACGAAACAUCAUUCACAGGGGCAGGAGGAUAUAGGUCGGCAGUCUCUGUGGUAUACGUACUGUUUCUCGCUGACGUCGUUGUCGUGAGCUAGCGAAGGCAGACGCGGUUGCGUAAGACCAAACUGGAAACACAAGGGA